CAUUAAACUCACGCCAAACGAACAUUGAUCCAUCUGUUAUUAUGGAGUGUGAACGAUGGACUAACAAGUGCUAGCUAGCCUCUUAUGAGUAUAUAUGCAGAUGCAGAUGCCAGUCCUCCAGCUCUCUCCCGUCUGCCUCUGCCUCCGGUAUAGUAUCUAUCCGGACUCCCAUCCUGUGUCCCGGCCGGCUGUUUCUUUCAUUGAUCCUUCAUCGAUCAUCAGAGAUCAGAUCAGUGUGUGCGUAGGCUUGUAGUAGAACUGACAAGCAAGUUCCUCCAUCGAUCUCUCCACCCUCGCUCCUGGUACGUGUCAUCAUUCCUAGCUAGCCAUCGUGUAUGGUGAUGACGAGGGCUCUUGUUCCUGUGGCGGUGAUGGCGGCGCUUCUGGCGGUGGCCGCCGUGAUGAUGGAGGCGGCCGCGGCGGCGACGUACACGGUUGGCGCGCCGGACGGGCUGUGGGACAUGCAGACCGACUACGCCCAGUGGGUCAAGACCAAGACCUUCCACCCCGGCGACAAGAUCACGUUCACGUACUCGCCGGAGCUGCACGACGUGGUGGAGGUGACGGAGGCGGGGUACGCCGCCUGCUCCAGCGCCAACAACAUCUCCGCCUUCCGCACCGGCAACGACGUCGUGGCGCUCGCCGCCGUUGGCACGCGCUACUUCCUCUGCGGCCUCACGGGCCACUGCGACAACGGCAUGAAGAUCCGCGUCGACGUCGUCUCCUCCGCGCCUGGUCCCGCCGCCGCGGGGCCGGCGUCCGCCGCCGCACCGCCCUUGGCCCGCCGGUGGGUGCCGGCUUCCGCCGGGAUCGCUGCCGCCACGUUGCUGCUGCCGCGCGCUGUCGUCGCGCGGCGGCUUUGGUAGCUACGUGUUAGAGGCGUCGUCUUAAUCUUGUACUACUACUAUUACUAUUUUUUUUAGUAUUUGUUGUUGUGUUGUGUGGAUUUGUAGUUUUGUUUCAGCUGCUACGUGCAUGUAUAUUUUGUUAUUAUGAUUUCAAAAUAGUCUAUAGAUAUCUUCUUGGGGAUUAUAUCAUGCAUGUUCA